ACGCGUUUUCUUCAGGCAACAAAUCAUAUCUGUUUUUCACUCCGAGAAGAAAAUCAAGCGACGGAGAAGCGGACCCAAAUCGAGAUUUCUUUCUCACAGGUGUUUGAAAUCACUGGCUGAACCUAAAAGCAUCCAGGCAGUCUGCAAUGGGGUAUUUUGCUUUUAGAAAUCAUCAUGUGACAGAUUGGAAGACUGUUGCUGUCCUUCUUCAUUCUAGAUGAAUAAGGGUUUUGUUUUUGCUGUUGUUUUGAAAGCAAGGGGUUGGAUAAGCAAUAGAGUUGUUGGUUCGCAAUGGAUAGCAUCACCAGCGAGAGUCUGCUUCAUCCCAAGUGGAGGAAAGUUGCUUAUGGAGGAAUGCAGCCUGAGUUUGAUGACAAUCACACUGAUGAGUCUUUUCUUGAAGAUAUGGUCAUGAAUGCUAAUGUUGUUAAGCGGGACAUUCUGAAGGUGAUGCAAGACUCAGUUUCUAUCUCUCAGUAUCUGUGCAUUGUUACUCUUGUCAGCUUGGUUUGGGCUCACACCCUUCAAUCAACCCUUGAUGAAAAUUCCCUCUUGCUCCUUGAUGCAAGCCUUUUUGGAUCAGGUUUUUUAGUUCUUCUUUUAACCAAAGAAAUGCGUUCCUUGAAUCUUCUCUUCCAUUAUAUCCUCAAUAUAUCCUUUUUCACAACUGGGUUAUAUAUGCUGGCUCCUAUUUAUCACACUCUCACAAGAUCCAUAAGCUCAGACUCCAUUUGGGCAGUAACUGUUUCGCUUGUUGUGCUUCAUCUUUUCCUGCAUGACUAUUCAGGAUCGACCAUUAAAGCUCCUGUGGCCCUAAAAAAUCCAAGCUUAACCAGUUGUGUAUCUUUAAAUGCUUCUGUUGUCGCUUCAGUUUUUAUUGCGUCUCGUCUUCCAUCAAGGCUGCAUGUAUUUGCCAUCAUGCUAUUUUCGUUGCAAGUCUUCCUUUUUGCUCCAUUUGUCACUUACUGUAUCAAGAAAUUCUCCUUCCACUUGCACCUUCUGUUUUCCUUUGGGUUGAUGGUUGUGACCCUGGCUUUGGUUUAUACACUGCACCACCUACUUUUCAUGCUACUGUUUGGUUUCUUGUUGUUUAUAACCAUUAUCUGUCCUUAUUGGCUCAUAAGAAUUCAGGAAUACAAGUUUGAGAUCAAUGGCCCUUGGGAUGAGGCUAAGCUUUGUUUCAAUGUAACAGAUUGAGAUCUUUUGGUUUCUGGACGGGAUUGGUUGGAAGUCAAUGAGAUUAAAUUGUUUAUGACCAUUAUGUAAACGCUCUUCAGUUGCUGCAAUUGAAAAUAAAAGUAACAGUAAGGAGUAUCUUUCUGAAAAAAUGGAUCUGGCUCACUGUUUACUUUGCAGGAGGAUUUGUUCAUAGUAUGUAGUGGCAGUGUUGUGGAAUUGCCGAGUGAGUAAAUGUUUGAGCUUGUUUGAAUUGAUGAAGCUUUAUCAUGGUCAUAGAAGCUCUCUUUGCGCUUGUUCAAAUUGUUUCCAGCAGUCCAUUUUCUGAUCGAGUCUCGUUAAGGGUGCCCGGAAGUGUUCUGCUUCUCAAAUCACACACAACCACCUUUGUCUGUUCUGCCAACAUCUUUGAUGGACUAAAUCCUGACCCAACAAGGGAGCAGGCCCUUUAGCAAACGUAAACCUUCAGUUUUUUGGUGUUUUUAGUUGUGAUAAGAAAAAAAUACAGAUAUCAUAUCGUGCAACGUAUGGAAUGUAUUUAGGUGAGCGAAAUUAUUCCAGUUCUCUCUUCUUGAAAGUUAGCUUGCGCUA